AUGGACCAGAAUACCGAUCAGAUGGUGUCUCAGGACACCUUCGGUAGCCAGCAGGAGCUGCAAUUCCAGUUUCCGUCAUUCGUGAUGGAGGAUGCGCAGCAGGUAGACCAGGUCGCGGAACAGCCGCCCAAGCUGCAAUUGCAGCUAGACGGCUCCUGGAGGCAGCGUUCCAACUCUGAAGGGAUAAACGACCUAGUGGCCUUCAGUCGCGGCAACGCCGAAGCCAUCGACACACUGAUCGCCCGCUUGGACAAGGCCGAAAUGGACAACAUGGCUCUCCGCGAGACCGUUGCUCAGCUCGUGAACGAUGCCACUUCCGGGUCCAGGUCAGCUCCUGGUCCUGCUACUCGCUACCGGGAUGCCACCGCACCUCGCCUCUCUACACCAAGCACUCCAACCAAAGAGCGCUAUGAGCCCUUUCAAACAUUUCAACUAUCUAGCCCUACUCCUCAAGACGAUGAAUCCUUCACUAGCAAGCUGACUCCGAACAAGAAGAGCAAGAAGGGCGAGAAGACUAGGGCUCGAAAGGCCCUAAAGGUCAAGAUUCCCGACGGCAAGAAGAAUGCGGUACCUUCCGUUAUGACUACUCCCUCGAAGAAGAUCGAUUCUGGCUACCUCACCGGAAACAUGGCCUCCAGUUUCCCCAACUUGAUGACGCCUACUUCAGGUCAGCUCACGGGCACUAUGGGAUCAAUGUACCUGACCACGCCGGCGUCGACUUAUCCAAGGUCCCCAGUUACUCCUGGUCGCAUCGGUCCCCCAAGCACCCAGAAGCGCGGCGUGACGUCCGUCGACAAGCGUAAGAAUCAUUCACUCAAGGAGUCGAUGCCACCUUCGCGCGCCAUGGUACCUAACGUGCCUCUCACCGAUACGGAAGUUAUUGUCUACUUCUUCCAGUCUCUCGCACGCCCUCCCGUUGCACUUCGUCUCUACUCACGCCAUUGGGGCCCCGCUGGCAUCGUCGAGAUUCUUAACACACACCGUGAUAUCGAGGGCGGAUACCUUCGCAACACCUGCUCCGUCAAGUGCAUCACCGCUAUCAACCGAGGCAAAGACAAGUACGGCGAUGAUUGGGAAGAGUCAUUCCGUAGCCGAAUUGAGGAGGCUGACGACAUCACUGCUACCGACAUGAUGCAACAUAAAAACGAUGAGUUGGAAGGUGUUGUUGACUACGACAUUCGCGAUAUGGGCAAGGGAUUGCUCAAGCAUCCCAAGGAGGGCGAGGAUGGUGGUAUCUUCACACGUUGUGUCAAGUAUUGCAUUGAACAUGACGCAGGCUAUACCUUGGCUAAUGUUCACCUGCUUGCUCUGGCUCUACAGGGCGGUAUUGACCCUCAAAAGUUGGUCAUUGACGGUGGCGAGGAGUUCGUCGUUGAGGACGAGGAGGGUAUUGAGGAGGAUGUCUGA